AUGUUGCUGCUCUGUGUCGUGAUUAUAAGUUUUGGCACCGAACGUAGCGUGCACAGUGCAGAACUGGAUGGGCUGUGGUGGUUCUAUAGCACCGGAAAGGAUACCCAUUUUCUAACCGCAGUAUUGAGAGAACACUAUCGUGAAACCGAUGCCGAGGUGCACGUUCGCGUUUGGAACGGGAACAGCACCCAACGUACACCGUUUCAGGCGGAUCUUGUUGCGGACAUUACGCGGCACAACGCCGAUUGGAUGAUCGUGUCAUUCGGUUGUCUUGCAGCUAGCGAACACCGGCUCGGUUACUACAACGUUUUUCUCGUGCUCGAUUAUGAUUCGUUUUGCGCCAAUUUGAGGGACAUAACCGAGGCAACGCAUCAGUUUUACGGUUUGUACACGUUUUACAUCGAACGGCUCGAUGAUCGUGCACUGUUGGGAAGUGUCCUGCGCCAGCUGUGGAAUCUUAAGAUUAUUAAUGCUGUCGUUAUUGUGGCGGAAGGCGAUGACGGGUACGUUGCCUUUUCGUAUCACCCGUACGAGGAGCAACGCUGCGGUAUGGUAGAACCAACGGAAAUUGCACGGUAUGGCAAUGGAACGUGGGACAGCAUGGAUGAGCUUUUCGGCGACAGACUAUCGAACAUGCACGGAUGUCCGUUAACCGUUGCGAAAGUUGAAGUUAAACCCUACUCCAUGGUGCGGAUCGAAAGCAACCGUACGGUACAUUACGGACUGGAGGUGUACAUCGUGGAAACGCUGGCAUCCCGCAUGAACUUCACCACACAGUACGUGCGGCCGAAGGAUAACAGCAAAUGGGGCCUUCUUUACCCGACCAACAGCACCGGGGUGGUUGGGAUGCUGCAGCGCAAGGAGGCCGACUUUGGUUUCGGUAGUCUCGGGUUUUCGCAAACCCGUCACACCUACCUAAAGCUGGGCGUUCCAAACUUUGUGACGCAGAUGAUCAUGGGCAUCCCACCGAAGCGGCCGUACACAUCGCUGGAGAAGCUGUUCCAACCAUUCACCGGCGGUGCGUGGCUGUGCAUCGCCAUCGGUUACACCGUGUUCGGGCUGGUAACGCUCGGCCUGGUGAAGCUGAACCGGGGCCCCAUCCACGCUGAGCAGCUGCGCAAUCCACUGUACCUGCUGUGGGUAUUGCUGAUGGGUGGUUCCGGAGGACGGUUCCGGUUGGACAGUACGCGCCAGUUUAUGAUAGGCUUCAUUCUCAACACGCUCGUCAUACGGACACUUUACCAGGCGGGAUUGUUCCAACGAUUGCAAUCGUCCGCCUCGCUGGCAUCCGAUUUAAACACGCUCGAAGCGAUCAAUAAGGCCGGACUUUAUUACAACAUGUACCCUUCGUCGCAGCAGUUCUAUAAAUACAAUCCCAACGUUCCCGCCAGCCGUAUCAAGCUGGUGCCGAACAUUCAUGUGGAAUUUGAUCGGUUGUUCGACCUGUUGGCGCGCGAUCGUUUGGGCGGUGUCCUGGUUUGCCCGUACGAUUGUGUUACCUACUACGUGAAAAUGCAUGGCAAGGAUGGUGUGAUAUUUGUCGGCAAAAACACCGGCAUUCUGUACUAUCUGGGUUUUAAUUUUCCUAAAACGACCCACCUGAAAGGACCGUUCGAUGCGUGGAUUCUGCGGAUGUUCGAUACGGGUCUCAUACACCACUGGUCCGACACGUUCCGCGAUGAUCGGUUUUGGUCGAACGCGAAAGAAGACCCGGAACCGGUCAGCUUGAAGUGGAAUCAAAUAUCUGGUGGAUUUUACCUUUGCAGCAUGAUGCUGCUAUUGUCGUUGCUCGUGUUUCUGGGAGAGAUGGUACAGUUCCGUCUACGCACGAGCUGCCUGUUCCGGCGCACGUUGCGCAAGCGUGUGUACCGGCCCAAAAAGGAGACUUAG